GCUGGGUUGGGCUUUGGCGCAGCAGGCGGGAAAGCGGCAUCGAGGGUUUCCUCCACGCGCGCUUCUGGGGAGCGUCGCCGCCGGAGCCAUGGGAUUCAUGUCCUUCGCCGGCCGCGUCUUCUUCUCCGCGAUCUUCAUCCUCUCCGCCUGGCAAAAGAUCAGCGAGUUUGGGUCCGAUGGAGGACUGUCGCUCAAGACGCUGGAGCCGAAGUUCGCACUGUUCAAGCAGCAUGUGUCAUCCACGUUGCAUUUCGAGAUCCCAGGCGUGAAUCUCAAGUACUUGCUCAUGGCUGCUAUAGCGGCCGAAGGAUUGGGGGCGAUUCUCUUCACUUGUGGAAGCACCAUAGGCGCUUAUCUUCUGAUGAUAUUUAUCGCCACCGUCACGCCGAUUAUGCACGACUUUUACAACUACGAGCUCUCCAAUCCGGCGUAUGUCCGAGAGUUCAUGCAAUUCCUCAAGAACCUGUCCAUCUUUGGAGCUCUCCUCUUCUACUUGGGCAUGGUGAACUCGCAGAGGCUGAAGAAGAAGAGCAUCAAAUCCAAGACCAACUGAGGUAGAAGUCCAUGAUCAUGCUUCAAUUUUGUUUAGAGACUCCUCCUUAAGCAUUUGUAGAUUUUGUCCAUUGAUACGAUCAAGUUGAAUCUCAAGCUCAAUCAUCCA